GUUGCCACCCCGAAUCACGUGACCGUGACAAAGUGACAUUCCGGCUCCGAUUUAUGUUUACCAAAAAUGGCAAGUGAUUCGAAAAAGCAUGAUCGUAAGUCCUCUAAAGGGCUCAGCCCUGAAGAAAUUCUCAACGGCUUUCAAACCCUUCGACAAGAGCAGCGCAAUCUCUCGUCUAAACUGACAGAAUUUGAAGCCGACUCCAACGAACACAAAAUGGUGAUCGCCACUCUUCAGAACGUGAACGAAGACCGGCGCUGUUUCAGAUUAGUGGGGGGCGUUUUGACUGAAAGAAAAGUGAAAGACGUUCUGCCGGCCCUAAUUUCGAAUUUGGAAAAGUUGAAGGAGUUGAUCGAGAAGCUCAAGGAACAGAUUACUAAGAAGGGGGUCGAAAUUAAUGAAUACAGAGAGAAGUAUAAUAUUAGUUUUAGAGGUUUGGACGCGCCUAGUUCGAACUCGAAGCAGGAAGAGCAGGUCUCGGCGUCGGAGAGCAGCAGAGGCAAUGUUUUAGUGUCUUAACUGUAUACACGCUUUUUUGAUAAUAACAAGUCUCGCAGAUUAUUUAUUUAAUGUAUGUUGCUAAAAAAACUUCGGUCUGCAUUUAUAGAUUGUUUUCAAGGUUAGGUCAUUUGCUAAAGUUCUGUGUAAACUUUGUAAAAAUGAUAUCGAAGUUUCAAUUUGUAGAAUACCAGUUUUAUAUUUUUUCAAUCUCGAUAUAAUAAGACUUUAAAUGGUAUGAUAUGGUAUUUUUAACAUAUAUUUUAGGUUGUGUGUAAAUAGUACACGUCAUUGCUGUAGUUGUUUUAAUUUUGAGUUUGCGUUUAAAUUGAGUAAUAUAAAAAUAUCACAUUUGUA